AAUAAGUAAUAAUUAUUUAGUUUAAAGUUUACUUUAAGUAGUGAGUAUAAAUUGAAGAGUUAUGCAGUAAAAUGUUAUCUUUCCUUAUUGACAAGAACAAGGAAUAGAUCUCCAAACAGAUUGGUCAGGUAAAGUCACACCUCUAUAAUAGAGUUAAAUACACAGCAAAAUUGACAUUGUUAAUUUAACUAAUGAAUAGUUUGAUUCAGCAAUUAAAAUGUUUCUACAUUUGUCCACACAACAUAUAGUUAAACUAUACUUUGCAAUAUGGCAGAGCUGCAAUAACCCUUGAAAAUCUGUGGCAAGUUGGGUCUAGUCUGGAAAGAACAAAAACAGAGUCAGCAUCAUAGAAAGGCAAUUUAUUCUGAUGAAGAAUACAUGCUAUGCAUCCUUUGGGAACACUUAAAGUCACAGGUAGGAACUCUAACUCAGUGGAUACCUUCACUCAUGGUGCAAACAUGUCUUACAUAACACUGGUGGAUCAGCACUGUCAAAUAACUCACAUCACUGAUGAACGUAUCUCCACUGAUGCUGUUUUGGGAUGUGAUGUGGAGUCAUUCUCUCAUUAUGUACUACUGUGCAAUCAGUAGGUGGGAAGCUUACAAGAGUAAUUUACUCAAAUAACUACAGUUAUCAUGGUUAAAACUUACUUAAAUAGAAGUAAAAUGUACUUUAAAAAGUACAGGUACCCUAAAUAAUUACUCAAUUACAGUUAUUUGAGUGAAUGUAAUUACUUUCAAUCCCUGAACGUGACUUACCUGGAUAGAGCAACUUGUUUUUUUUUUCUGCAUAUUUUUUAAGAUUAAUUUAUAUUCUAUCUACAGGAAAGGAAUAAAAACACCUUUUAUGUCCAUCAACGGCCUUAAAUUUAAUUUUUUACUCCAUCGUUGACGUGCUGAGCCAAGCACACUGCAGGUGAAGACACUUUAGGCUUAAAUCAGCUCAGAUGAAGGGAGAAGGGAAGUGCUUGUGCAUAAUUGAGUCACUGAAUGACGAGUUUGCGGUGUGCCUGAACAUUUGCAUGCAGCAGGAUUACACUUCCCUUUGCCUUUCAGUAAAACAGGCAAAAGACUUACCCAACACACCUAUCGUACUUUUCCAAACAGGGAAAUUUAUUGAGCAGGUUUUGACCAGACUGAAGAGAGAAUUGACGUGAGAGAAACGGCAUACUACGUUGUUUCUGCAUUUUUACCCAGAGUUUCUAAAAAUGGCGCAUAAGUAGAUGUUUUUACUAAUGUGCAUUUAUUGGGAAUUAAUUUUAAUACAUUUCAAAGUCGAGCAGACGCCUGCAAAUUUCCUUUCCCAAGCCCUUGAUUGGUUUUACAUAUAUCUUAAAAUGGAUUUAGGAAUGAAAACAGGAUCACACGAAUGUGUGUAGCCCCCUCCUUGUGAUGUGUGGCGGGAAUUCCCGGGAAGAAAUACGAUAUUAAUAUCACUCCGAGAGACCCACAUGAAGGAGAAAUUAAUUCACAUACUUCCGCCUUUUCAGUCUCUGGGUCGCAGGUUAUGCAUGACGUCAGCGCGUCGACGCUCGAUGGAAGUUUUAUCAAUGAGCCCUCUGAGAUGUUAUGACUGGAGAAGUGACGUAGUCCUCAGCGAGAAGCUUUAAAAGCCAUGUGAAGGCUGUGAGACAUCUAGAGACUGCGGAGAGGAGACGUCAAAACACAAGAUGAUCUGGACCGUUUUCCUGCUUUUUCAAGCCGUGCUGCUUUACUUUAUUCUCACACACAGAUCGAGAUCCAAGGGUGAGCCACCUCUAGACAAAGGAGUGAUCCCAUGGUUGGGCCAUGCACUUGAAUUUGGAAAAGAUGCUGCAAAGUUCUUGACCCGGAUGAAGCUGAAACAUGGCGACAUUUUCACAGUUCGUGUUGCGGGGCGGUAUGUGACGGUGCUGUUGGACCCUCACUCCUAUGACACAGUCCUCAAAGACUCGGACUCCCUUGACUUCAGCCGCUAUGCUCAGGUGCUUAUGGAAAGGAUCUUCAACCUGCGGCUCCCUCACCACCAGCCAGCUAAAGAAAAAGCAACAAUGAAAAAGUACUUCCAUGGCAUGAAUUUGUCCAUCCUGAACAGCACCAUGAGCAGAAACCUGCAGGCUCUCCUGAAAGCCAAGAUGCCUCAGAACCAGAAAGACUGGAAAGAGGAGGGACUGUUCAACUUCUCUUACAGCUUACUUUUCAAGGUGGGGUACCUGACGUUGUUUGGAGGCGAGCAAAACAACAACAGCACUGAUCCCUCACGGGUCUAUGAGGAGUAUAAGAAGUUUGAUGGCCUCAUAACGAAACUGGCGAGAGGCACGCUGAAGCCAGAGGAGAAGAAGAUGGCUCAGAGUGUUCGGCACACACUGUGGGAACUUCUGGCCCCAGCAGGUCUGACUGAGGACUCAGAGUCCAGCCCCUGGCUUCAUUUAUACAGGCAACUCCUGAAGGAGGAGGGGGUCGACGAGGAGACGCAGAGGAGGGCUGUGCUGAUGCAACUGUGGGCCACACAGGGUAAUGUUGGUCCUGCUGCUUUUUGGCUGUUGGGCUUCUUGUUGACAAACGCUGAAGCUCUGACAGCAGUGAGGAAGGAGAUGGAGACCUUUGAGACCUCUCCACUGGACACACCUGUGGACACCCCUGUGUUUGACAGUGCUUUAGAAGAGGCGCUGAGGCUCACUGCUGCCCCCUUCAUCACCAGAGAGGUAAUUCAAGAGAAGACUCUCCACAUGGCUGAUGGCCAGGAGUAUCUGCUUAGGAAAGGAGACCGGGUGUGUUUGUUUCCCUUCAGCAGCCCUCAGAUGGACCCUGAGAUUCACCAUGAUCCAGAGAAAUACAAGUACAAUCGCUUCCUGAACGCCGAUGGAUCUGUGAAGAAGGAUUUUUAUAAAGCAGGGAGGCGGCUGAAAUAUUACACCAUGCCAUGGGGUGCGGGGGCCAAUGGCUGUGUGGGAAAGCAGUUUGCCAUCAAUACUAUCAGACAGUUUGUUUACAUGGUGCUGUCUAACUUUGAUUUGGAGCUGUGUGACCCACAAGCUCAGAUGCCGGAGGUUGACACCAGUCGUUAUGGAUUUGGGAUGCUGCAACCAGAGCGGGACCUGUUUGUCAGAUAUAAACCCAGAAAUACACACUAGGACUUUAAAAACAAACUGAAAAUAUGUUUUAUACACAUUUCACUAUAUGCACACUGAUUAUACUGUCAAUAUGCUCUUUGUACUUUUGUAUCCUAUAUUUAUA